AUGCUGUUCACCGACUUGUUCCUCUUUGCCUUGGCCGCAGGGACCACCCUCGCUCACCCAGAGAAGCUCACUGCCGAACAGGCAAAGCAUGAAGCAAAGCUCAUUGGCCGAAGCACCGACAAGUGCGCCGCGGCGAUUGAGAAGCGCAAGGCAGAAAUGUUUGCGAAGCGAGCGGCUCGUCUGCAAACCCGCCGAAUUCAAAACGGCCAUGUCGAUACCCGAGACCUGAUGUCCCGGAACUCGCUGCAGUACACCACCAUCCAGAACGACACUUGCGUCCUGGCCCCUGACACCGUCUGGGGACCCUAUGGCGUCGAUGGAGAAAUUCAUCGUCACGAUCUGCGUGAGACGCAGGGAGGUAUCGACUUCUAUCUCGACAUGGGCGUGAUCGACAUCGAGACAUGCGAACCCCUCGUCGGCACAGCCCUCACGAUUUGGAACUGCAACGCAACCGGCUCGUACUCCUCUUUCACCGGAAUCGACCCCAACACCGCAGAGCUCCUGGACAACUGGUCUAAAAGGACAGACGGCACCACCGACGACGAGACGUUCCUGCGCGGGAUCCAGACGACCGACCAGAACGGUGUCGUGGAGUUCCUCACGAAAUUCCCCGGAUACUACAUCACCAGAACGACUCAUAUUCACGUCACUGCCCAGACCAACAUUGCGAACGGCACGUCCUACUCCGCGAGCAAGGUGCAGCACAUCGGGCAGCUUUUCUUUGAGGAGGACCUCCUGAGCCAAGUGUAUGCUGUCAGCCCGUACAGUGAGCACCUUACGACGUUGAACCGUACUACCAACGAGGAGGACUCGCUGUACUCUGAUGCCAGCGCCGACGGGUACAGUGCUGUCAUCAGCGUCAGCCAGUUGACUGACAACAUUGAGGAUGGUCUCGUUGGAUAUAUUACGAUUGGUGUCAACUCGACUGCCGAUGGACUGGCCAUCACUGGAGGUGGUGUCAACCCUCAAGGAUACCUUCCUACUGUCAGUGUGGAUGACGCGAAGUUGGCCCAGGCAACCGCAGUCGAUAGGGCUGAUGGCUACACGUCUUAG